CUGUGUGGUGCCCCGCUGCAGGGCCCGGGCCAGGAGCUGGGGGUGGCGGAGGUCGGAUCCCCAGCCCAGGCCUAUGAUGGUAUGGGGCGAGUGCGAGGGCAGCCUGUCAAACUGGUGCCAAGCCCCCUCUGUCGCUCUGUCUCUCUCAGUUCACGUGGAGCCGGAUGUGGGAAGAGCAUGGAUAUGGGUAACCAACACCCUGCCAUCAGACGGCUCCAGGAGAUCCAGAAGGAAGUCAAGGACCUGGAGCAGCAGGUGACGGCCUUCAGUGGCUUGUCCGCAGACCGGGAGUACAAGAAGCUGGAGCGGGCCCUGACCAGGCAGCUGUUUGAGAUCGAUUCUGUGGACACGGAGGGCCGAGGGGACGUCCAGCAAGCCCGCAAGCGGGCGGCCCAGGAAACGGAGAGGCUGCUGAAGGAGCUGGAGCAAAAUGCCAACCACCCGCACAGGCUGGAGAUCGAGGCCAUCUACAAGGAGGCUCAGUCCCUCGUGGAACGGGAAAUCACCCCUUUCUAUAAAGGAGCCAACUGCAUCAGCGAUGAGUUUGAAGAGGGUCUUCAGGACAUCAUCCUGAGGCUCACUCAGGUGAAAACCGGAGGGAAAGUCUCCUUGCGGAAGGCGAGGUACCGCACAGUGACAAAAGUGUGCAUGGUUCAGGAGAUCAUAGAAAGCUGCGUCAAGCAGCAGCCUUCCCUGCCGCUGUCGGACAACGUGCAUCCUUCCGUUUCCAAAAUUAACUCUGUCCUGUGUGAUGUGAACAAAGCUAGAGGGACGCUUAUUGCGCUUCUAAUGGGAGUAAAUAAUAACGAAACCUGCAGGCACUUAGCAUGCGUGCUUACCGGCCUGAUGGCUGAUCUGGAUGCUUUGGAAGUUUGUGGCCGCACAGAAAUAAGAAAUUACAGAAAGGAAGUGGUGGAAGAGAUCAAUAAGUUACAGAAAUACCUGGAUUUGGAAGAGGAAGCUGACACAACUUCAGCUUAUGACUUGGCCCAAAAUCAGUCCAUUCUGAAAAUAGAAGAGAUCCGCAAAAAAAUGAAAGAAGUUCAUUCUGUAUUUUUAAGAGUGGAAAGUGCUUCUGACUUGUAUUUGGGAUCUAAGGCAGAAUUGCAAGGAUUAAUCAUGUGCUUGGAUGAAGUGAGUCCAGGAAAGAAUCCAUGUAUCAGAGAAGCCAGGAGAAGAGCAGUGAUCGAAGUGCAAACUCUUAUAACAUACAUUGAUUUAAAAGAAGCAUUAGAAAAAAGGCGAAUGCACAGUGAUCAAGUUAAUGCUGAACAUCACUCCCACAAAGCAGUCUGGAGCGUGCUUGGAAGUCUUUCUCAGAUUCAGCAGGAGGUGCUGUCAUUUGAUGGAAACCGAGCUGAUAAGAACUACAUGAGACUGGAAGAGCUUCUCACGAAGCAGCUGUUAGCCCUUGAUGCUGUUGACCCUCAAGGAGAUGAACGCUGUAAGGCUGCCAGAAAGCAGGCAGUUAAGCUUGCCCAGAAUAUUCUUUACUAUCUAGACAUGAAAACAGAUGAGUGGGAGUACUGAAACAGCCACGGUCCCCGUGAGAUAUUGCUUUCUCUUUUUUUGCACUUUAUAUAAACUGAUAGUCCCAUGAGCAGCAGAUAAUUAAAGUUUGUGUUGUUUUAAUAUUUGCUCAAGUUGCAGAGACUGCAUAAAUAGUUGGCUUGACAGCUAUCCCACGCUUUCACUCACUUGCCAUGGCAACUGUCCGCCUACCCUUAACCAUUCAGUUUUCAUCACUGCCAUAUGUAGAUGAUGAUUUCUUGCGUUGCUGAGUGAUGAUCAGAGUGUCUUAUGUUGGGUCAAGCUUUUUUUUUUUUAAGAAACGUAAUACAAAAGUUAGGGGCUGCAGACUUCUCAAAGAGGCAGGGGAUUCCUUAAAGUAAAUUACUGGGAAAAGUACCAAAGGAAGACAGGGAACUAAAACUAUUGCCCAAAUUCAAGGUUAAAUCUAGCAACUGUAUAGCAGCAUGGACAUACUUUUAAUGUGCUGUUCCAAUCAGAAGGAUUAAAUGCAAAAAAAAAGUAUGUUGGUUUUUCUUUUGUGCUUGAUUUUAUUCCAACUAUUUCAUUCUACAGUGUUUGGUGUCAUUUCAUAACAGUAUUACAAGACAACUUGCAAAUUAACAUUUACAUACAUAACGCCCAGCUGGUUAGUAUUAUAAGAAAAUGGACGGACCUAGGGAAAAGUUCCUCCUAUUCUGGUUCUCAUUUUGUUUUAAAGUAAUUAUGAUAUUUUAAAGAACAGAAAAAAAUUAUAGCAGGCACUGAGUGGAGAAAAGUGAGAUCUAUAGGGUUUUAUACUGCCAUCCAUAAAGCCUGGACUGGAUCUUGUGCAAGUGCCAUUUAGAUCCUUUCUGAUCCUGUUCUUGAGUGUGGAUGUGAUAAAUCUUCUCAUCAAUCUAUGAGCAUGGAAACCAUUUUUACUAUUGCUUGUGGAUACAUCUGAUUUAACCUUGUAAAACUAGGUAGUUACAACGUUGUCUGUGCUUUUAUACCCAAGUUACAGAUCUCAUAGUGGUCAAAUGUAACUUCAGAUGCUAACACUCAAAAGACUUGUAGUGUAAUGUCUCUUCUCUUAAUUCACUGGUUACUGGUUUGGUUCUUCAGCUCUUUAAAUAAAACUGAUUAUGCUGCUUUCUGCAGUACCCUUUUCUUCUGGCCCUGGGAACUAAUUAGCCAGCACAAAUCAUGUUUCCACUGUAGCAAAUGUUUGGUGGCGCACAGACAGCUGCAUUAAAUGGCCUUAAUGGAUCAAAAUAUGUUUAAAUAUAUCCCUCAUCUGAAUAACUCCUUUACAGACCUGUCACUUGUAAAUCAAACUUAAAAAGAUUAUUUCACAGAUUCACAGAAGUUUGCAGCAUUUUAACAAGUGCAACCCAUUUCAGUUAUUAAUUCAAUUUUUUUUAACUAAUUUGAGGCCAAAGUACUUUCUGUGAGAGACAAGUGCCUUUCUAAUUUCACCUGAAGUUAAUACCAAUGUAGGAACUAUUAAUUUAUUGUCAGUAUGACACAUCUACACCAGCAGGAUUAUCCAAUGUAUUAUUCCGCUAACCCAUAUCAAAUUAAUACAAGGUGACUGCCAUGAUUUAAUGGGUUAGAGGGGACUUUGACUCUGCUUCAGGAGUUCCGAGUUCCGUUUGCAAACCAAAUUAUAAUGUGUGAAGGAUUGGGACCAUUGGCAAAUCUUUCUAUUCCUCAGAUUGUACGAAGGGGACGACCCUGUCUUUACUUCAUCUUUACCUCAUCUUUACUUGCUGAAUUUUGCCAAUGAUGUCUUUAAACAUCACCUGGCAAAGAAAAUGCAUGGAAGGUUUGUUUAUUUUUUUAAAUAGCUAUAGUAGAUUGUAAUAUGUUAGAUGCCGGAGGUUUCUGCCUAUAUUUUACACUUAUAGAGGGCUAUUCCUGUAGCUUUCCCUCCCUUGUUUGAAAAAAAAAUUGCUUCAGCCAUGUGACACUGUAGUUUCAGUCUAUUUUUGUAUUAUUGGCAAAAAGGAAUGGUGAUUAGUGGUAUUUAACAUCUGAAUUAUUUUGCUUAUGUUUAGAAAGGACAUUUCAGUUUCCUGCCUACUUGAAUUGUAGUCUCCAAUGAGUAUUUGCAACUUUCAUGAGAUGUAACAUUUUUAUUGUGCUAGAUCGUGUUUGAUUCUUUAAUCCAGACAUUUUUGAUACUGUCAAGUUUUCAGUUUUACAGCUAUUGUUUACCAGCUUGGUUUUAUCAUUCAUAUUCCUCUUAGUUCUGUACACAUUUUCACAUUUCUGAAUCGCUUGUGUAGCAAUGUAUAAUAGAAGUUUCUAUUUGUUUCUAUUGUGAAAUCAGUAGCACCUUGAUGGGUUUAAGAAUGAGUAGCUAAAUAAGGUUUCAGUAACAACAUUUUGUGUGAACUUUGGUUUUUUCAUCUUUUGACAGUCAUCUAGUCAGUGCAGCAUUUAAAACUUGUGGUGAGAUCCCUCUCUGGUACAUUAUUAGUAAUUUGUUUCUGCAUGGAUGAAAAUAGUAAACUAAAUAAGCUAAACCAAAAAAGUAUGGUGCAUGAUUUUUAAGGAAUCCUGUUUCUGUGCUGAAGAAUGUAAUUUAUCUUUGUUUUGUAUGCAAAAUGGCUUGAGUACACAAAUGCUUUUUUUCUUUCCAUUCUUGGGGACUGAAAUUUAAUUAUCCAGCAAAAUGUAAAAGGACCAACUCACAAAAGGCUGCAUUUCAUAAUUAAAUGGAACUUAAUGGCUUUUGUGUGCUAUGCCUUUACAUAGUAGCAAAAGAAAUGUGUUAAUGUGUGUUUUGAGAAAGUCAUUAAAUCAUGAUAGUUGCUUGCUUUUGUAUUGAUUUAUGAGUGAGUUUGAAUUGAAGCACCUUAUUUUCAACUUGGUAACACUAACCUUUUUGCUCCUUUGUCAGUGUGGAGAGGGGUAUCAGGUUGAUUUAUGCUCUUUUGUUUUCUUUAAGUAGGGUUUCUAUUUUUUUAACUUAAUGGAAAUGUGUGUAACUAAUGAAUGUACAUGAUCUUCUAUAAAAUGUCUAUCUCGGUUUGUCUGUAUACAUAUGGUUACAUUAGAGUGUAAAAGGUUAACAAUUGUUUGGUUAUCCCUAAUUAAUAAUAAACUAUUUUAUUGCCUUGUA